ACGAAGUGCAGGAGGGUGGCUCCCACAAAUCAGAGUUCCGUUCUAAACUAUUGGAUAUUCCUUUCUUUAUCCCCGUUCUCGCCUCUCGGCAUCAAAUCUAAUCUAAUCCUAAAAGCAAAGGAAGCACAUUCUUUGUCUCCUUCAUUUUUUCCAUUUUAAUUUAUUUGUUAUAAUAAUUAAUUAUCUCGUCCCACGCCGCACAUGCAUUUUGGGAAUCUGCAACAAUAGGUAUGGAGUUCAUCCAGAAUCGCGUGGAGCCAUGGAUGAGGGAGCAAGGAGCAAAGCUGAUGAAUGUGUCGUGGGGCCCACUACAAUGGCGGAUGCGGUGGCCGUGGUCCACCCACCGCGAGGAGAAGAAGCGGAUGAAGGAGCAGUACGAGCGGCGGAGGAAGCAGCUCCACGAUCUCUCCCUCGCCCUCAAGGCCGAUUCGAUCUCCGAUUUGCAGGAUCUUCUCUGUUGCAUGGUUCUCUCUGAGUGCGUUUACAAGAGGCCUGCUUCUGAGAUGAUUCGAGCUAUAAAUAAAUUUAAGGCUGAUUUUGGAGGACAAGUUGUUGGCUUGGAGCGGGUGCAACCUUCAUCAGAUCAUGUUCUUCAUAGGUAUUUGUUGGCUGAGGCAGGAGACACUUUAUUUGCUUCAUUCAUAGGAACUAAACAGUACAAGGAUAUUAUUGCUGAUGCAAAUAUACUUCAAGGUGCCAUAUUUCAUGAGGAUGCUGUUGCAGAAUCUGAUGCAAAUGCAUCAACUGAAUCUGAUAAGGGUGAAAACCAAAAUGGAAAAGAAUAUAACUGGAAUCCUCUAGAAUCAAGGUCUAAACAACUGAAGAGUAAAUAUAAGCCAGCUGCUCAUAGGGGUUUCAUGGCUCGUGCUAAAGGAAUACCUGCAUUAGAAUUGUAUAGGCUUGCUCAAAAAAAGAAACGCAAGCUUGUUUUAUGUGGCCAUUCACUUGGUGGAGCUGUAGCUGCAUUAGCAACUCUUGCCAUCUUGAGAGUAAUUGCUGCUUCAUCUUCAUCAAAGGAGAAUGAGAAUGUCUCUAUCAAAUGUAUUACAUUUUCUCAACCGCCUGUCGGAAAUGCUGCCUUGAGGGACUAUGUUAACAGAAAAGGUUGGCAGCAUUAUUUCAAGAGUUACUGCAUCCCUGAAGAUUUAGUUCCCCGUAUUUUAUCUCCAGCUUAUUUUCACCAUUAUAAUGCGCAGCUUCAGUCAAUUCCUUCUGAAAAUGAAACUAACAGCUUAUUAUUGAGAAAACAGGAGCAAGGGGUAGGGAAGCCAAAAGAGAAUGAUGGAGAGCAGUUGGUUUUGGGGGUAGGUCCUGUGCAGAGAUCCUUUUGGAGACUCUCAAGAUUAGUUCCUUUGGAAGGAUUACGAAGACAAUUCAGUAAACACCAAGAAAGACGGAUAAAUUCUGUUGAAACAAAUUCACUGCCUGAUUCUCUUGCUAAUACUUUGAUUGAGGAGGACGUUGUUGAACCACAGUCGCUUGAAAUACAAGAGGGUUCUGAUGGCAUAUCACUCAAGCCUUUUCGUGAAACUGAUAAACAUUCACUGGAGAUCCCAGCAAAUGGGAAAACAUAUACGAUGAGAAAUUCCAUGACUGAAGAUGAAGGAAACUGGCGUAAGGUGCCUUAUUUACCUUCAUAUGUCCCAUUCGGACAGCUUUAUUUAUUGGGAAAUACCUCCGUAGAGUCACUAUCAGGUGCUGAAUACUCAAAGUUAACAUCGGUCAGAUCAGUGAUUGCUGAAUUGAGGGAAAAAUUUCAAUCACAUAAAAUGAAAUCAUAUCGAUCUCGGUUUCGGAGAAUCUAUGACUUGUAUAUGAGUGAUGAUUCAUCACCUUUCUUAGGGGCCGAACAGUUUCCUUAUCUACAGCAAUUGCUUGGCGUUGCAGCUGCAAGCACUGUGGAGGUUGGACAUAUAGUAGAGUCUCCCGUUAUUCGUACCGCAACUUCCAUUGUUCCUCUGGGAUGGAAUGGGGGGUCUGGAGCUAAAAGUGGAGAACCUCUUAAAGUUGAUAUUACUGGUCAUGGGUUGCAUCUCUGCUCACUUGUCCAUGCUCAAGUGAAUGGUAACUGGUUUUCAACUACAGUUGAAUCCUUUCCUUCUGCACCAAAUUACUCUUUGAAUCAAGGAGUCCAGUCUGAGUUACAGAAGAUGAGAAUAUCAGUUGGUGCUCCACUAAGAAGUCCUCCAAAGCAUCAAACUGUGUUAGAUUCAUCGAUGCUUGCUUUUACUUCUGAGGAUCCAAAGACAGCUAGUAGUGCUGCAGCUAUUGACAAGGAUAAGUUCGUCCGUCCAGAAAGUUUAAAUAAUUUCUUAAUAUUCUGCACCAGUGAUUUUAAAACUGUUUCCAAAGAGGUUCAUAUGAGAACUCGUAGAGUACGAUUAGUUGGGCUGGAGGGAGCUGGUAAAACUACUCUUCUAAAGGCAAUCUUGACUAAAUGUAAGCAAAAUACUACUACCAAUGACGAUGAAGUUUCAGAGGUUGAUGUGAAAGACUAUAUUGCUGAUGGUUUGUGCUACUGUGACUCUGCCGGAAUAAAUAUGCAGGACCGGAUUUCGGGGAAGAUGAUUGGCAGUGCUAAGAUGAAGGAUGGACUUUACUACUUUGAGGAUACUUUCAGAAAUAAAGCAGCUCAGGGUCUUUGUGGUAUGAGUUGCACCUCUGUUAGGGACCAAAUAAUGCUCUGGCAUAACAGACUAGGGCACCCGAAUUUUCAAUAUCUUAGGCAUUUGUUUCCAGAUUUAUUCAAAAAUGUUAAUUGUUCUUCUCUUGAAUGUGAAAGUUGUGUUCUUGCAAAAAAUCAAAGAGCUCCUUAUUAUUCUCAACCUUAUCAUGCAUCUAGACCUUUUUACUUAAUCCAUAGUGAUGUUUGGGGGCCUUCAAAAAUUACAACUCAAUUUGGAAAAAGGUGGUUUGUAACCUUCAUAGAUGAUCACACCCGGUUGUGUUGGGUCUACCUUAUGCAUGAAAAAUCUGAAGUUCCUAAUAUAUUUAAAAGUUUUUCACAAAUGGUAGAAACUCAAUUUGAUACAAAGAUCUCCAUUUUGAGGAGUGAUAAUGGAACUGAGUACUUCAAUCAAAAUCUCAAUGAGUUUCUGAAAAAUAAAGGCAUUCAGCAUCAAUCGACAUGUCCAAAUACUCCUCAACAAAAUGGCACCGCUGAAAGAAAAAAUAAACAUCUCCUUGAAGUAGCUUGUGCCAUUAUGUUUGAGAGUAAUGUUCCAAAGUAUUUGUGGGGAGAUGCUGUCCUAACAGCAGCCUAUCUUAUAAAUAGAAUGCCCACUCGUGUGUUGAAUUAUCGCACACCUUUGGAAAAUUUCAAAACCAUUUUUCCAGCAUGUCGAUUACAUACUGAUAUGCCUUUAAAGGUGUUUGGUUGUACAGUUUUUAUGCAUAAACCUUCCACAUCUCGGUCCAAACUAGACCCAAGGGCAGAAAAAUGCAUUUUUGUUGGUUAUUCUCCAAACCAAAAAGGAUAUAGAGUCUUUAAUCCUAUCACAAAGAAGCUUUGUGUUAGCAUGGAUGUUACCUUUCUUGAACAUCAACCUUUUUUUCAAAAAAAUUCCCUUCAGGGGGAGAAUAAUAAUGUGAGUGAAGACAAUUUUUUGCAUGAACCGCUGCCCAUUCCUAUUGUAGACACAGAGAAUACAAAUUUUAUUGAUGAAUGCAACAAGGAAGAACAUGUGGAAACAAGUUCUGAAAUUUCUAAAGAAAAUCUUAUGCCAGACUUAGGUGGAGCCCAAACAGAGAAAGAAAUACCACAGUCAAAAAAGGAGUUCCAUGUUUAUACUCGGAAGUAUCCUAAAAGGACCAAAGACCAAUCCAUCAUCUCUGCACCAAGCCAACCAGAAAUCCCGGAAGAAGGCCAAGUAAGAAUACCACAAGAAAUUCGAGGUAACACUGACAUUUUCACUUCUACUAUUGAAUUACCCAUAGCUAUUAGAAAAGGAACCAGAACCUGCACCCAAAAAUCAGAAAAAUCUAGCACAAACCAUCCCAUUUCCCAAUAUGUUUCCUACCAAAAUCUUUCACCGAAUCACAAAGCUUUUACCUCUAAAAUAACAGAUCUGUUUGUGCCUAGAAACAUUGAGGAAGCACUAGAUGAUCCCAAUUGGAAUUUAGCAGUCUUAGAAGAGUUGAGUGCACUGAAAAAGAAUGAAACUUGGGAAAUAACAGACCUGCCACGUGACAAAAAACAGGUGGGUUGUAAGUGGGUAUUUACCAUUAAGUGCAAGGCCGAUGGAAGUGUAGAGAGGUACAAGGCGAGAUUGGUGGCAAAAGGGUUCACUCAAACUUAUGGAGUAGACUAUCAAGAGACGUUUGCUCCAGUUGCUAAACUUAACUCUGUUCGGAUUCUUAUAUCCCUUGCUGCAAGUUACAACUGGCCUUUACAUCAAUUGGAUGUAAAGAAUGCUUUCCUGAAUGGGGAGUUAGAGGAAGAAGUGUUUAUGAGUCUUCCCCCCGGAUUUGAAGAAGAACUUGGAAGAAAUAAGGUGUGUAGACUAAAGAAGUCAUUAUAUGGGCUGAAGCAAUCUCCAAGAGCAUGGUUUGAGAGGUUUGGAACAGUGGUAAAAGGGCUUGGAUAUAUCCAAAGCCAAGCUGAUCACACAUUGUUCUAUAAACAUUCAGCAGAUAAUAAGGUUGCUAUCUUGAUUGUAUAUGUUGAUGAUAUUAUUCUGACAGGUGAUGAUAGCUUGGAACUCAAAAAUCUGAGGGAGAAACUUGCUAAAGUUUUUGAAAUCAAGGAACUUGGCCCAUUGAAAUACUUCCUUGGAAUUGAGUUUGCAAGAUCAAAGGAAGGUAUCUUUAUGAACCAGCGAAAGUAUAUUCUGGAUCUUUUAAAAGAAACAGGAUUACUUGGAUGCAAAGCUGUAGAAACACCCAUGGAGCCCAACUUAAAGCUGCAACCAGCUGAAACAGAAAAUAUGGUGGACAAAGGAAGGUAUCAGCGACUAGUGGGAAGGCUAAUAUACUUAUCUCACACCCGUCCAGACAUUGCCUUUGCUGUAAGCAUGGUAAGCCAGUUUAUGCAUGCACCAGGUCAUGAACACUUGGAGGCAGUUUUUAGAAUCUUAAGAUACUUGAAGGGAUCACCUGGGAAGGGGCUUCUUUAUAAAAACCGUGGGCACCUUCAGGUAGAAGCCUACACUGAUGCAGACUGGGCAGGGAGUGUGACAGACCGAAGAUCAACAUCAGGCUAUUGCACCUUUGUUGGAGGAAACUUGGUUAGUUGGAGAAGUAAAAAACAAACCGUUGUAGCAAGGAGUAGUGCAGAAGCUGAAUUUAGAGCAGUUGCUCAUGGAAUUUGUGAGGCAUUAUGGGUGGAAAAGCUUCUACAGGAAUUAAAGGUUUUCAAUUCUCCUCCAAUAAAGCUUUAUUGUGACAACAAGUCUGCAAUAUCUAUUGCACACAACCCGGUCCUACAUGAUAGGACCAAGCAUGUCGAAGUUGAUAAACACUUCAUCAGAGAGAAGAUAGAAAGUGGGCAGAUUUGUAUUACAUAUGUUCCCACUGCAGAGCAAUCGGCAGACAUCCUAACCAAAGGAUUACCCAAGAAAUCCUUUGACAACAUAACUAGCAAGCUGUCUAUGGAGGAUAUCUUUAGGCCAGCUUGAGGGGGAGUGUCAACAGACUGUGAAAUAGAGCAUUUAAUGCUCUUAAUUAGCAGUUAUAUUUUUGUUUGUAUAUAAUUAUGUUGUUUCCUGUUUGUACUUAGUUUAUUUUAGGUAGUUUCUUAUUUUCAUUCAUUCUCCCUAAUUCUCUCUUUAGUCAAGGAUUUCCUUCUUUGACUUUGAUCAAUCACAUUAUGUAAUUCCCUCUAUAAGAAGAGGAAUCCCUGUACAGUUUUUCAUAUCAAUAAUAUUACCAAAUAUUUCAACUGAAUAAU